GUGUAGUCACAUAAUUAACUGAGAGAUUUUUGAAGUCAAGAACGUGCGCAGUCACUCAUGCCAUAAAGUCCCUGCCUGGAAGCCAUGCUAAAAACAAUCAGCACACGAGCACGUGAACUCUUCCGCCUCGAGACACUCCCAGCAAGCACGCAAACCAAUCAACAUCAGAAGUGAACAGUUUGACUCUUAACAGUCUUUCCUCAUCUCUAAUUCUGCCGCUUGCUUUGCUUGCUGUACCGUUAGUAAUGUAACCAUUUCCACUGUGUCUGGUGUGUUUCCUGGUAUUUUUCACUGGUCGAGGUGGCUCACUUUCUCAUGCUGCCGUGAGGAGCUGCUGCUGCUGCUCUCCUGCCUGGCUGCGUCCAGCUAUGGCGGCCGUGUAUAGCGGAUCCCAUACCUUAAGCAAGGAUGAUGUGAAUUACAGGAUGCAUUUCCGAAUGAUAAACGAGCAGCAGGUCGAAGAUAUCACAAUCGAGUUUUUCUACAAGCCGCACACGAUAACGCUGCUGACAUGCACCGUGCUCAGUUUGAUGUACUUCGCGUUCACAAGAGAUGAUGGAAACCCUGACAAUAAUCUUUGGGUGGGGGUCAUUCUGGUCAUCUCCUUCUUCCUUGUCAUCAGUGUUUUGGCAUUUCCUAAUGGUCCAUUCACCAGGCCACACCCAGCGAUAUGGCGAAUAGUCUUUGGUCUGAGUGUUCUCUACUUCCUGUUCCUGGUUUUCAUCAUUUUCCUCAACUGGCAGCAGGUGAAGCAGUUGAUGUAUUGGCUGGAUCCAAACCUGCGCUAUGCCAAAAGAGAGGCAGACAUAAUGGAAUACGCUGUGAACUGCCAUGUCAUCACCUGGGAGAGAAUCCUGAGCCAUUUUGACAUUUUUGCAUUCAGCCAUUUCUGGGGAUGGGGUAUGAAGGCACUUCUCAUUCGAAGUUAUGGAUUGUGCUGGACCAUCAGUAUUACGUGGGAACUUACUGAGCUAUUCUUCAUGCACCUGCUGCCUAACUUUGCUGAAUGCUGGUGGGACCAAGUCAUUCUUGAUAUUCUGCUGUGUAAUGGAGGGGGAAUCUGGCUUGGCAUGACUGUCUGCCGCUUUUUGGAGAUGAGGACCUACCACUGGGCCAGUAUUAAGGACAUCCACACCACCACAGGGAAGAUCAAACGAGCCGUGUUGCAGUUCACCCCUGCAAGCUGGACCUAUGUACGCUGGCUUGACCCAAAGUCUUCUCUGCAGCGAGUGACGGGCGUCUACCUGUUCAUGAUCAUUUGGCAGCUUACUGAGUUGAACACAUUCUUCCUUAAGCACAUUUUCGUCUUUCCUGCAAGCCAUGCUCUUAGCUGGUGUCGAAUCCUGUUCAUCGGUAUCAUCACAGCUCCAACAGUAAGGCAGUAUUAUGCAUACCUAACAGACACACAGUGCAAGAGAGUUGGGACCCAGUGUUGGGUAUUUGGGGCAAUAGCCUUUCUGGAGGCUUUGGCAUGCAUUAAGUUUGGGCAGGACUUGUUCUCAAAAACACAGAUCCUCUAUGUGAUCCUCUGGCUGUUGUGUUUGGCCUUCAUUACAUUCCUGUGCCUGUAUGGAAUGGUAUGGUACGCAGAAACAUAUGGUCCAAGGGAAAAGAGCCUCUCAGAAUGUGAAGACAGUAAUUUUGCAGAGUUUGCUGACCAUGUGUAUGAGGGAUUUAAAGGAGAAACUGAUGUAGACGGUGACAGCCCUAAAGCCAGACAGAGAAAGAAGGACUCAGGAAAGACCAAAUCCAUCAACGGCCUCGACAGCCAGUAGGAGUUGGAGGCGGAGGCUGUUGGGUAACCCAAAGUGUGAAAGAUUACAGAUGGAGAAGAGGGUAAAGCUACGACCACUUCCUGAUGUAACCGAAGCCUAGAAAGCCACCCACCUACAGUAGAUGGAGUGCAGACAGCAGAAGUGGAAAAACAGGUCCAUGCAGUGUUAUUAGGAGUGCACAGUGGCUCAGACUACAGAGAUACACACGUUGGUGUGUGCUGUAGUCAUAAAAGCUCCUAAACCACUGAUCACUUUUUUUUGUGUUUGCUUUUUGGAUGAAAGAGUGGGAGAAUUUUAUUUUGUGCGAGUGUGUGAGAGAAAGGUGUGGCAACAAAAACUGCCAUUUCUAAAUAUAAUUGCAUGAUCAUUGUAGCUAGUGAGCUAUAAUUCAGUUAUCCUAUGAAGCAGUAUCAUUAAAGGCUAAUGUACAAUUGACUGGUUUAUAUCAACUCUGGUAUCAAACCCAUUUCAAUGUUAAAAGCCAUUAUGUAGAAUUUAUCACUUAGUGGAGCGUCUAUGUUUAUAGCACAAAAGAAGCUAAAGCAUUUUUAUAUAAAUGUCUGUCACUGAUUAUCUAUUUACAUCAUAGAUGUUCACUAUUUUAUGUUUUUUAACUUGAAUGUGGGCAGGAGUUCAAUACCAGACAGCUUUAGCGUGGUAGGAUCACCGGCUUGGGUCUGCGUUUGGCCUGUAAUGAAGCAAAGCACACAGUUUAAGCACUUUGCAGAAAGUUUAUUGAAAAUACUGUACAUUAAGUAAUGUUCGAGUAUUUUGUGAAUCAUUGUGACCUUGAGUGAUUUUACUCUCCUUGUCCUCCUGUGGCUGCUAAUUUUUUUUCUUUU